AUGGCAGAAGACCGCCUUCGCCACGACCGUACUCAGCACAAUCACCCCGAGGACAAGCAAGCAGCUCCAGCCCGAUUCCCCCCGGGACCACCGCCACCUCCCACGGACGACCAUCAGCAGGGCCGGCGCUCCGUCGAGGGCCCGAGAUCCGCCAUGGCCGCAACUGUCACCCUCCCAUCCAUUCACGAGGCUCGCGGCGCCGCGGGUUACGGCCCUCAAGGACCGCCGCCGCCGCCGCCUCCUCCCGGGGCGCGUGCCUACUCGCAUGACCCUCGCUAUGCCUCGCCCAACGCUGUCAACGGCUACCCGCCACCGUCCGCGGGCCAGCAGCCUCCUCCAUCGACCUAUCUGCCGCCGUUGCAGACGAAUCCAGCCGACCCGCGCUCGCCGGCCUACCCCCCGGACCAACGAGGCGGCUACUACGAUGACCGACGGCCCCCGCCGGGCCAGUAUCCCGACCCUCACCAGGCGCAGCAGUACGCGGCAGAGGGCUACUACUAUCGUGGGCCCCCUGGAGUCGUGCCCCCCAACGGCUAUCCCCGACCACCGCAGGGACCGUACCAGGAGUAUGCGCCGCAGCCAGGCGGCGCCCCUGGCAUGGCGCAGGCUGCUCCGAGACAGCGGACCUCGAUCGCCUGCAGAUACUGCCGCAAGAGAAAGAUCCGUUGCAGCGGCUACCAGAAUACGCCGGGUGGCAAGUGUCAAAACUGCGCCCGCAUGAACCAGGAAUGCAUCUUCCAGCCGGUCUCAUCCUCGAGCUCGACCGCCUUCAUCCCGGUGUCCGCAGUGCCUGGCGGAGUGCCCCCCGGAACCCAACUGUUCGGCGCGUACGGCCAGCCGUUGGCUCCCAGCUCCGUGCCCGUCGCGCACCCCUACCCGCCUCCCCAUCACGGGGGGCCUCCACCCGGGCCGGCGCCUCCCAACUACUACUCGCAGCACCCAGCGCCGCCGCCGCAUCCGUCGCAGCCUACGCAGUCGCCCACCGAAUCCUUUUCCUCGUACGGGGACGAUGCGCAGGUGGCUGGCAGGCGCCGCCGUCGCACCCCCGAGGAACGCGAAGAAGGCUACCGGCUGCCUCCCCCUCGAAGCGGCGCCGCGGACGAGGAGGCUCGCCGCCGAUCGCCUGCCGAGUUCUCCAACAACAGCAGCCCCGGAAACCUCGCGCACCUCCCGUACCAAGGCGCCCGGCAGAGCCCUCGCAACGCUGCCGCCCUGCCACAACCCCCGGGACAAGGCGGGCGCUCACCCGGAGCUGCCAACGGAUCAAGCGGCGCAUCGACUCCCGCGCGACAGCAGCAGGCGUCUUCCGGGCAGUCGCAGAACUCGACGUCCGUCAUGAGCCUGAGCAACCUGGUGGACAAGAGCGACAUCGACAGAGGCAUGAUCGACCGGCUCAACAGGCCGCGCGAUUCGAAAGGAGCCAACGGAUCCCGUUAA